AUGCCUUAUGCAGUAAGGUGCAUUCUUGAUGAUGGGAGAAAGGUGGAAGAUUAUGUUGACAGAUGGUACUCAAAGGAGAUGUACCUGAGAGCAUAUGCAAAUAGUAUCCGGGGGUUGAAUUGUCCUAAAUUUUGGAAGUGGAUAUCAGACCCACCCCUAUUGCCUCUAGAGUUUAGACCCAUGCCAGGAAGAGUGAAAAGCAGCAGGAACAAGCGACAUGAUGAACCCCAUCGGGUAUACAUGAACCAAAAAGGUUGGUAUAAGGCCAGUGGGAAGGUGGGCCCAGGACACAGUAAGUGCGGUAAUUGUCAGGGUAUGGGGCAUAGUAGGAAAAGCAGCCCAGAUUUGAAACAGAAUGAUGGCAAGGAGAGUAAGAGGCCCUUAGGUGGGCAGAAGCGAGCAGCACCCAAACAGCGGGGCAAACCGCGCAAACGGGUUGUAGUUGAACCUUUGGCUAAUGAUACGGGUAAACAAAAGGGAAGAGGUAGGAAAGCACUCCCGAACAAUCAAUAUCAAUACUGCAAACGCAGGGGGCACAAACCAAAGUCUUGUCCAGCACUAAAAAUGAGAUUGGAAAAGAAGAAGGAAGCAGCCAAGCAAGAAAAGGUUCCUGAUGGAGAUAAAAAUGAUCCCGUGGUCCUGGUGUCUAGAAGUAAGGAGAAAGGAAAAAAGCAGGUUCUUGAUGGAGAUGAAAAUGAUCCUGUGGUCCUGGUGUCCAGAAGUAAGGAGAAAGGAAAAAAUCAGGUUCUUGAUGGAGAUGAAAAUUAUCCCGUGGUCCUGGUGUCCAAAAGUAAGGAGAAAGGAAAAUUUCAUCUUCGUGAUGAAGAUGAAAAUGAUCCUGGUAUCCCGGUGUCCAUAACUAAGCGGAAAGAAAUACAGAUUCUUGUUGAAGAUGAUGUUGAAGAUUUUCCUGUUAUCCGGGUGCCCAGAACUAGGCGGAAAGGAAAAUUUCAGAUUCUUGAUGAAUAUGUAGGUGAAGAUGUUCCAGUGACCACUACGGUGGAUGGAGAAGCAGAAAAUGUUGUUCCAGAUGCAGAAGCUUUGCCAUGUGAAUAUUGUCAAAUGACCAGUCAUCGGAGAGUUAAAUGCCCUGAAGAACAGUUGACACGUUGGAUAGCAAAUGAAACUUCUGACGAAGAGCAUGAUAAUGCAGCAGACAGUGCUCUUGAACCACGUGCAGACUGCUCAGGGAAUUUAGACAUGGAUGAAAGGAAAGAUCAGAAUGAGGAAUCAUUGAAGGUCAUUACUGCACCUGAUGAACUAGCAGUAGAGACACUCAACUUAGUUCGUGAUGAUUUCGAACAAACUUACAGUUUUUGGGAUCAGUGUUCGGGAUCUGGAUGGAAUUGUGACACUGUCAUGGGGAGUUUUAACAUGGAGAGUGGGAGGAGUAAGGCAACAAAAAAUAAUCGUCAACCUGAGGACGUAGGGAACUCCGUCAUUGCACCGGUGGUAGAGUCACAGCCCCAUGAAGACCCCAACAAAGCAUCACCCGCAAUGGAAAUGCUGUCAAAACUGUCCCCUACUCGAAAGAAAAUGGGCCGAUGUAGCAAGGUCAGUGAAGAGAAUCUAGGUCCUACUACACCCAGUCUGAGGAGAUUUAGCAGCAGACUUAGGGGGAGGUUGUUGUGGACACAAUCUCCCGUGGGGGGUGCAGGAAGCUCAGCAACUUCUCCAAUUGAUAUUGGUCUACAGGAGGAAGAUCAGGCACGAAAUGACCAGUCUCAUGCUUUUGAUUUUGUUGUUCUGGAUGUGACGGUGAUAGAGAAGCAGAUGACAUCAGGCCAGGGGGAGAGAAUUCGGGACAAAACUUGGAGUACAACCCUGACAAUAGCUUUAAACUGGGUGUUGGUCGGUCACGCAAGGCUUAGAUAUCAAAUGGUCAACCUUCUGGGACGCAUCUCCAACUAUCCUUUCCCAAAUCUGACUAGAAACCCCAAUUCUAAUAAGCAUGCAAAUGGGGCGGGUCAUUCGGGGAAAAAUUCUACGCAAAAGCCAGCGAAUCAUCUUGCAUUGGCGAGAUAUUUACAAGAUGAUCUCGUACCCGUCCCUCAUGCAGAUGAUCGCGCUGAAAUACCAGUGCUGGCAGUUCCUCAUGCAGAAGUAGCGGUGGAUCCCCUUCAAUCUCACAAUCCACAGGACCGCUUUGUUUACCCUCCAAUGGCUGUUGUUGUUAACCUGCCUAGAAAACUCGAUUGUGGGAAGUUUGUUGGACUGAGUGGCAGGGUUCUGCGUGAAAAGUAUUUGUUUGAAGGUUUUAAUCCGACAAAAGUGGAGCCACUGUGGAAUGAUGAAACUGGCCACUCGAGAAUAGGUAUUGCUCAUUUUAGAAGUGGUUUUGAUGGAUUAACGGAUGCUCAUGCAUUUCAUUAG